AUGGUAACUGGCGAUUCGAGGCUUACACCAAAAGUUUUGGAACUGGUUUCCGAUGUGGUGAGAGAUAUCACAACUUCGUUGACAGAGCCGUUGACUGAACUCGUGGAUAUGUUGACGGAGUCACUGAUGUAUCCAAGAGGGAGCAGAAAAUCAUUGAUGAACAUCCUGUGCAGGACGGAUGAAGAGAUCAAAAACUUUGAGAGUGCUGAUUUUGUAAGUCAGGAUUUGGGAUCUGUAUGUCUGCUGGAUGCGGUGCACACGGCAAAGCUUAUAGGAAAACUGAACGGAUUGAGCAAGGGCCGUGAAUAUCCUAGCACGCAGUCUGCCAUGCUGGAAGAACUGCACGGUGCGCUUGUGAACCUGCUGAAACAGCUGAGCGGUCAGAUCGAGAUCAACUCCCACCUCUGUUUUUACAAGGAUUUGCUGCGGGAAAACGUGGUGCAUUUCCGUCACGCGUUCGACGCAUUGCAGAAUCUAGACAGUCUCAGCUCGGCACUCAUGAAAACGGCCGCGGACUUGAGACUUUCGGAGUCUGCAGCAGUCUUGAAAUUCGACGCUAAGACUGCAGAAUCCAUGCGUUCGUUCACAGUGACCAAUGCGAAAUGGCACGAUCAACUGCUACUAGGGUCUCAAGCGCUAAAGGAGUACCUAGUUCUUCAAGACCACAAUAUCGACACACUGAGUUCGGACCCUCAAAACGAUUUAUACAAAGAAGCAGCGGUCGUUGUACGAUCGCCGGUCUUCAGAAAUUACGUUCAGGCGCGAAAAGCGAGGCUCAAAAUCACACAACGAAGGGUAUUCUAA